AUGGCGUCAGCACCCAAAGAACUCGAACGUCAUGGUCCGACAGAAGGCUUAAAUUUUAAACGUUCUCAAGCCGAACAGUUAUUCAAACAUUGUCUGAAUAAAAGAAUCAGUUGGUAUGAGCCAAUCGAAGAGGGUUUGAAUAAUUUUCUUGCUUUUGUUGAUUGCGAGAACGAUACACAACGAUACGUUUUAAAAAUCCGUGGUGCGUGUUGUGNGUUUCCUUUAGGUCUAUUCAUAAAUCAGAUAGAAUUUUUCCAAAGAUUGUUCGGCGGAUAA